AACGCCGUUUAUCUGAAAUCCUAAUUUUGUUUUUUUUUUUUUAUUCUCUUUUCUGUUCAUAUUUUUCCUCCCAAAAAUUUCGCUUCUUUUUUAUCAUUCUCUCUCUAAAAAGCUCUAGUUUUCUCUCUCUAAUAUCCUCUAUCAAUCUCUUUCUUCAUAAGAAAAGUUUCUCUAUCGAGAGAGAAUUCAUGUCGGACAAGGGUCGGCCAUUGCCAAAAUUUGGUGAAUGGGAUGUCAAUGAUCCUGCAUCAGCUGAGGGAUUUACUGUGAUCUUUAACAAGGCAAGGAACGAGAAGAAAACAGGUGGCAAACCCGAGUCACCAGAAAAGGCUGAUCCUCAUGUUAAGUCUGGAGUAGAUCCUGGCAAACCUCAGCCUAGAAAAUGGCUUUGCUGCAUUCAAGCCCCUCCCGCAGAAUCUUGAUGAAGUCCUGCCUGUAUAAGAGCUUCGACAAGUAUGUUCAAGCCCCAUCAUAUACUCGUAAACAAGAUGGGAUUUAUAGGGCUGUGAUAAGCCCUUCUGGAAUUUGUCUUUUUGUGUGUAAAAUUUAAUUCUGGUGAGAGGAAAGAGCAAAGAAGGACAAACGCUUACUGCAUCAAUAUGUACUGAUUUGGUGGGUUAUUAUUAGAAGUUGAGUUAUUUCUUCUUGUCUUUGCCUUUUCUGUGUUAUAAGCUGUAGAGCUUUUGUGUGACAUAUUCUUUCAUGUUAUACAAGUGAUUGGCCUGUUUGUC